CCAAUGCCAACCAACACCACACUCUUUUUCUCUCUCUUCUCCCCCUUGUUUCUCGCUUAAGCCUUUCUCUCUCCUACAAAUUUCCCCUUUUUCUCCGGAUCAAUGAGCGAUCAUCUGGUACUGUUCGUGGAUCGUCUCGUGCGGCCCGUCCCCAUGGAGCCGCUGGCCCAACAUCCCGUCCAGCCCGCUCCCGAGCCCUCCACGCCCGUCGAUGAGCCCAAGCCCGACCCCUCCGGCUCCUCUUCCAUGGCGGAGGACGACGGCGACGACGAGGACGCGCCACUACUUCCCCUGGCCGAGUGCCGCAUUUGCCAAGAGGAGGACAAUGUCAACAAUUUAGAGUCUCCUUGUUCUUGCAGUGGUAGUCUUAAGUAUGCUCAUAGAAAGUGCGUCCAACAUUGGUGCAACGAGAAAGGGGACAUAACUUGUGAGAUAUGUCACAAGUGCUAUGAGCCUGGUUAUACUAUCCCGCCACCUCGUCCUCAGCCUGAAGAAACCACUAUUGAUAUAGGUGGGGGCUGGACGAUCUCUGGCACGCCGUUGGAUUUGCGUGAUCCUCGACUCUUGGCAAUUGCAGAGGCAGAACGCCAAUUCUUGGAGGCUGAGUAUGAUGGAUAUGCUGCUUCUAAUGCCAGUGGAGCUGCAUUUUGUCGUUCAGCUGCACUGAUUUUAAUGGCCCUUUUACUCUUGAGGCAUGCACUUUCUGUCACAGAUGCUGAUGCUGAUGAUGAUCCAUCCACCUUUUUCUCUCUUUUCUUACUACGAGCUGCUGGUUUUCUUUUACCUUGCUACAUCAUGGCUUGGGCAAUCAGUAUUUUGCAACGCCGACGACAAAGACAAGAGGCUGCAGCACUAGCAGCAACCCAAGUUGCAUUCGUUCUACAAUCUGGGCAGCGUAGGGGUCUGCAAUUUGCCAUAGCACCAGGACCAACAAUGAACACACACCAAGAACAAGUGUAAUUGCAUGCUUGUGUUUGUAACACUGGCGUGUGCACCAUGCAAAAAGGGCUUAUUAGAAUGCCGUGCAUUUUUUUUUCUUUAUUCAUGUAUGUACAUACAUUUGCUUGAGCUGCUUUGAGAUGGUGCUUAAUAUUUUUGGAGUUCAUAGCCUUCAACAAAGAGCAUCUCAUUUUGUUAUAU